UAGUGAAAGUUAGACGAAGAGAAACAGAACGUAGCCAUUUAUACUCAUGCGAUUGCACAUUAAUGUUAUUUCGAAACAACGAGACCAUCGAAAAAUUAAUAGUUUACAUGUCAACUAUGUAGAAAUAUCGGAAUUAUAUUUCCUUAAUUAUUAUAGGCUAAAGUGCACACGGGGUUUUGGUGUUCUUCCGUGAAGAUCUUUGUGCCAUACUUACCCACACAGAUAUGGUUCUAUCAAGUAUCAUCGCCCGAGUUCACCUAGUCACCGCCAUUGCCAUAACCGCCGCUUUCCCCAACGGCCAUUCGGCCAUACAAGAUCCCAUAUUAUCACCUCUCAGCGGCAUAGGCGAUAGCGUUAACAGUAAAAUUGCACAAGCAAUCAACCCCCAGAUGUUUAAUUUGGUGACGCCAUUUCCGGAUUCCGGUCGCAAGUGGGCCGUGCAGGAAUCGUCUGCGAAAGAGUCGUUUCCGAUUCAGUACGACAUCAAGUACGGAAACUUGCAAAAUUUCGUCGCUAAUUUGGUAAACCCGAGGCCAAUUGUAGACACCAUACAGGAACACGAAAAAUACGGCAACGAGGGAGACAAAAGCAGACAACUCGGUAUAUUCGUUGUCGGUGCUUUCGAAGGAUUUUCCAAUGCUAUUAACGCCGUUGUCGAUUUUUUAAAAAACGAAAUCGACAACCUAAUAACCGAAGCAGCUACAUCCCCAGCAAGAUGGUACUCGUUUUUACUUGGUGAGACAACUUUUCAAUAAUAGAUAUCCGGGGCAGCAGAUUGGAAGAAGGAAACCAAUCGAAUAGCCCGCACCGUCUCCAGAUUUAAAUCCAUUAUACGUUUUUAAUGGGGAUAUUUAAAUAGUAAAAUGUUCGUAAUUAGACCAA